ACUACGAAGCAAAGCCAGAGAGAAACCCCCAUUCCCCUCCCAAGCCCCAACCAACCUUUUCUCCCCCAAAACGAUGGCCGAGGUACAGCCGUCGCCGUCGUCGCCGUCGCCGCCGCCGCGCGCAGCCGGCGGCGAUCCCGAGGAUCCGCCCCUGCCGCCGCCGAUGCCUCCGCAGCCGCAGCCGCAGCCGCAGCCGCGCGAGGGGGGCGGCGGCCGGUCGGAGGACGAGGAGGAUCCCCCCUCCCCGCCGCUGCCUCAGUCCACCACCGUCCCCAUCUCCAACGCCGCCCAGUACAUCCCGCGCGUCGCGGACCACACGACCAGCGCCGGGGGCGACGGCCGGUCCUGGUACUCUUGGAACGGCCGCACCAAGGACCGCCGCCGCCAGACGCCCCCUCCUCCCCAGAGGCAGUACCCGCAGUCGCAGCCGUAUCCGCAACCGCGGCCGCAGCCGCAGCAGUGGGUCACGCCGGAGCCGAAGCCGCGGCCGCAGCUGCCGCACGUGGCGGACUCGCCGCCUGUGCCCGCGCGGGCCGCGCCAUCGACGGUGCCGGCGCCGGGCCCGACCAGGUCCGUCGAACGGGACCGCCGGCCCGUGCCCGACAUCAUGUACAGGAAACGCCGCACGGCGACGCUGCAGCGCACGGCGCUGUUCGCGCGGCUCGUGGCCGCGGCGCUCUGCCUGGCGGCGCUCGCGGUGCUCGCCGCCGAUACCCGCAAGGGCUGGGCCCUCGACUCCUACAGCAACUACACCCAGUUACGGUACUCGGAGGCUGUCAAUGUGAUCGGAUUCGUGUACUCGGUGUUCCAGUUCUUUGCACUAGCGCUGCACUUGACGAGGAAGAGACAUUUGAUUCCCCGGCCCAAGGGCGAUUAUUUCGACUUCACCAUGGAUCAGGUCCUGGCAUACCUCUUGAUAUCAUCAUCGUCAUCAGCAACCGCGCGAGUAAGCGAUUGGAUCGACAACUGGGGGAGCGAUACUUUUCCGAAUAUGGCGAACAGCUCCAUCAUCAUAUCUUUCCUGGCAUUCGUGGUUUUUGCCAUCAACUCCCUCAUCUCCGCAUACAAUCUGUUCCGCCGAGAUCUUUAGCUGCAUCUAACAAUUAUUAACAGUUACAUGUUGUCGAUUUUUCAUUUCUGGACGAAGAUUCCAGUGCAGACUAUGUUGUGUUGUAAAUGUGUAUGAUCGAAUGACUGCAAGUGUUGAGUUCUAAACUUCCAGUAAUGAUAUCCAUGCGUCCAUA